AUGGCGGAGCUGAGCUAUAUAUUUAACUUUCUUUUAAAGUGGAAUUUGGUUUGCAAAAACUACUGGAAAAUUCCCUUGGAGCAAGUGGGCUACUCCAUUGGAUGGGCUGUUGGAUUCUUGACCCUUGGAACUGUUGUAGAUGGACUGGGCCGUCGAAGUACAUUCAUUCUUUCUGUAGUUGGAGUAAUUGUUCUGCACGUUGGAAUCUCAGUCUCUGUGGAUUUCAUCAUGUUUCUUGUAUUUCGAAUGUUCAGUGGGAUAGCAUUGGCGGGACUCUUCCUGUCUGCAUAUGUUGCAAGGUUGGAAAUGUGUGACCCGCCACACCGACUGGUGAUCAUGAUAACUGCAUCGAUCUGCACAGUGGUUGGAGAGAUGCUGCUGCCAGGUUUAGCUGAACUAUGCAGAAACUGGAGAAUUUUGCAAGGUGUUGUCACUACCCCUUUCCUAAUACUACUCCUCUAUUGGUGCAUUCCAUCCAUGUUCCCUGAAUCGCCACGUUGGCUCCUUGCAACCAGACAGAUUGGGAAGUGUAAGCAAAUACUACAAGGCAUAGCAAUUGGUAAUGGUGUCAAUGUGGAAGAUGAAUUAUACACCCAAUGCAAUUUGUUUAAUGAGAUGAAUUCUGUGUUUGAAAAGCCUACACAAUUUCGUUCAUAUACAUUUUGUGAUAUGACCACUGCACGAACUACUUGGAAGAACAUCUUGAUAUUAGGAUUCACCACGUUCAUUGGCAAUGGAAUUCAACAUUGCUUUUCCCAAAAUCUUGUUGGUUAUAGCCCCAACUUCUACUUGAAGUAUUUUGUCAUUGCUGGUGCUGAAGGUGUAGCCCUGGUUUUCCUAUAUUUUACUGUGAACAAGUUUGGGCGACGUGGCAUUCUGCUCUUCUCGACAAUCUUCACUGGGUUGUCAUCGCUAUUAUUGCUUGCUCUUAUACAGUAUUUGCAUAAAGGUGUUCAUCUGACUCUUUCCAUCCUGGGCCUUGUUUCAGCUUGUUCCGUUAGUAUAUUGAGCAUAUUUUUUGCCAGUGAGGUUGUCCCAACAGUUGUUAGAGGUGCCACUUUAGGCCUCAUCAUGGCAACAGGUUGCAUUGGCAAAGCAACAUCCCCAAUCAUGGAUCUCCACAAUAAACAUGGCUACUUUCUUCAUCAUGUAGUUUUUGCCUCUUUUGCUGUCCUCUCAGUGUUGUGCAUCAUGUUGCUUCCAGAAAGCAAACGGAAACCACUGCCAGAUUCUAUAAAAGAUGGUGAAAAUCAGAGACGUCCUCCGAUGUUAUUGUUCAGAAACAAGGAUAGAGUUCCUUUGCUGCAUUCAAAACAGAAUGGCAAUUAUAAUCCGGAAAGCUAUUCCAAGCUUGUUACAUCUACCAAGAAAGUGUUGGCCAAUAACAUUCCUAUUCAGUCACAAGAUCCCACAAGAGGAAGUGUGAUCAAGAAGACCCAAGAAUCAGCAAUCUAGCCAGGCUUCAGGGUACAUGAGGAAAUAUAAAAAAUACUCUCUUGCUGUUUCAUAUUCUGCACCACAGUAACCAGUAUUUUAUCAAUUGCUGCAUUUGUAUGUUCUAAGAUCUGAUUGGGAUAGUUUUGCAAACUGUUUAACAUGGUUACUUUUCUCUGAAGUUUAAUUUUCAAGCACAAGUAUAGUUUCAAAAGAUGUAUAAUUAUGUUGAUAGAUUGUAAAUUGAGAUUUGGGGUUAAUAGCAUAAAUAUUGAAUGCAUUUUGGGUUAUGUACAUCAGUAGUCAAUUAUGAAAAAAACCAUGUUUGCGCCAUAUUGCUUUUUGCAAAUAUUUACAAUGCAGUUUUGAUUAUUGCUGUCUUUUUUUUCUCUAGUCUACCUAGUCAUAAAAUCUAUUUUUUAUCAACUAUGGUGUCAGAUUGCUAAGUGUGUUACCAUUUUAGUAUAUCAGCCUGGGCUGAAUAAUGUUUGAAAUUCUUUUGGUUUGCUGAGAUCUAAUUUCUUGCUCCUUUAUAAUACAAGACCAAAUGUUUUUGUGGACGUUUUACUGAUAGCAAGCAAAACGGUUAAACUUAUCUAAUUGCUUAUUGUAUGCCAACUUAUUGGCCCAUUUUAUUAAUUAGUUUAGUUUAGAGAUACAGGGUGGAAACAGGCCCUUCGGCCCAUUGAGUCCAUGCCAACCAUCACCCAUACACUAGUUCUAUGAUAUCCUAGUUUCACAUCCUACAUACUAGGGACAAUUUUACAGAAGCCACUUAACUUGCAAACCUGUACAUCUUUGGAAUGUGGGAGGAAAUCUGAACACCCGGAGAAAACCCACGCGGUCACAGGGAGAAUGUACAAACUUCAUACCGGCAGCACCUGUCGUCAGAAUCAAAUUCAGGUCUUUGGCGUUGUUAGGCAGUAACUCUACCUCUGUGUCACUGUGGCACCCCCAAAUGUAGAUUUAAAUUAGAUUUUACUUCGGAGUCACGUGAGUGAUUCCGUGAAGAACCCAGCUCUACUGCGCAUGCGGCAUUACGCACAGCUGUGCAGAACGCGGCCAGCGGGAGUCGGGCAGCUCCCGCAUCCAGGGACGAGAGGUAAGUACUUGCCUUAAUCGGGCCUUGUGGUUUUUGCUCCAGGGGGAGCAAAGUAGAGAGGCAUGGUGAGCGGCCCCAUUUCGACUCCAGCGUGGAGCCGACAGUGGACGGGCAAAAGGCGCUACCCGGACCCCAAACGCUGCGGACCGCUGCAAGGAGCUGCGCUAAUGCCGGUCCGCUGAACAGCUGUUUGGUAACAGCAGCGGACCGGCGGGAAGUUUAAAAACCCGACCGGCAGCCCUGCAGACUCCUGACAUAGAGUAUCGCCGCCCGGGAACCGCCACAAUGCCGCCUGGAAAACGGCAGGCAGCCUCUACAGACAGGUAAGAGAAAAAUCUUCCCAAUUCAACAGGUUCUACAGGAGCCAACUUCCUCCAAAACUGGAACAGGUUGGAGAAGGCAAAAAUAAGUAUGUCUGUCUCCCCAAGCCAGAGGAGGUCAUGGAGUUCACCUCCAGGAAUAAAGGGGCACUGGCUGAAUGCCAAGGGAGCUGACUCCUACCCCAGUGCUAUUGCACUAGCCAUCUCCCUUGUCGAGGGAUUGAUGCAACAGCGGAGUUUGAGCUAUGCCUCCUCCAAUUUAUAGCACACCCUUUUGCUCCCUCUUUUGAGGCUAGCUAAGGAGGCCAGGGCUGGGCUGGCUUAAAUGCUGGGCAGGCGGACGAGAACAGCAGUAUGCCAGGGGAGCAGGAUCAGGAAGAGCUACUGGGUGUCGUGGGCCACUACAUGGCUCCUCCACGCGACCAUCUUCCCAACAAAGCCCUGCAGGAGCAGGCCUUUCCAGAGGCAAAUCCGCAGGCAGCUGGGUCAGCAGACUCGCAGACAAGCAGCGAAUUCUACAGUAGGGUCAAGAUGUUACCGCCUUUGCUCGUUUUUUCCACGGAUUAUACUCUCCCAGGAUGAGACUAUCCCAUUGCACUACCAGGGUGCUGAUGCCUAAGAUGUUCCCAAAUUUGGGAUACUCGACUGAACAAUGGUGCAUAUAGACCUGCCCGCAACCCCAAAUAUAUGGGGCUAUGCAAACCGCUGCUGCAGGAAGAGAGGCAGCUAAACCUGUGUGCCUCAUGAAGGCAGGCCAUGGAACGAGCAGGACAUCGCAUCCAACACCCAGCUGGCAGCACCCCUCGGCAUCCACCAGCGAUAUCAAACAAGGACUGGUGAAAGCCUGGCGACCGCUUCACAUUACCCCCAAAGUUCUUUUUAGACGGGGCCCAGAGCGGAGCCAUGGGAAAAUGCGCCGCCCCACCGACAGCACCAGCAUACCAGCAAACUACGCCUUCAUGAAAAAACAACAAACAUGGAGGUAGGAAGUCUGGUUCCUCCCAGUUUACACUAAACAAGGGUGUUCUACUAACUGCGGGGGGGGGGGGGCAUUUACACUUGUUAAUAAAGCAUGGGAUGCUGUCACAAAUAACUAAAAUAUACUCAACAGUAUUAGAGGAUAAAAACGAAUUCAAAUUGGGCAUAUUACCGCCAGUUCAGCAAUGCGCCCAAAGGGCACUUUCUCCCUCUAAGAAAAGAGAAGUGAGAAGGUCAAGCUGAACUAGAAAGGCUCAUUACUAAACGGAUCAUGGGAGUAAACAUGAACCAUUGGAAACUACAAAAGAUGGUGAAUGUAGCAUCAUCAUUGAUCUAAUAUCACUAAAAUAAAUCUGUUGAGUAUAUAUACACUUUAAGAUGGAGAUGGGUUUUUGUCACUGCCAGGCAUCUGAUCUCCCAAGGAUACCUAAGGGGAGCAUUGAUAUGGAAGAUGCUAACUAUCUUAUACCCAUACACUAGGAUCAUUAUAGAUACCUAAAAAUUUUACCUGGAUAAUGGAUAUCCCGGUUAGGGCAACCAUAGGAGCAUAGAGCAGUCCCUAUGGUCUAACUUCUGCCCUAAAACUAUUAUAAAUAUCAAACGGCCAUGGAAAUAUUAAGAAAACAAGCAUAAUCAUGGCAUAUAUUGGAUGAUAUCCUCAUAUUAGGGGAAACAAAGGAAUUAGCUGUGGCAGCAGUUCUAGCUACGAAACAGCUCCCUAAGCUCUGAGGUUUAUCCCACGCCCAGAUAAACCAGUAUUGAAGCGUUAACUACCAAGGAUUAUCUGGGCUUCAAUAAUAAUUCCGUCCAUAUGACUGUUACUUUGCCAAGGUACUUGGGUCACUAUAAUCAAAUCAUGAAUUAACCCACUGAAGCUAUAUCACAACUAAGGUGGUGGGUAGACAUCUAUUUGGCAUAGUUUUCAGCCCUAUUAUCAUCACCAAUCCCAAUUUGGUUAUUAAAAACCGAUGCCAAUACUUUAGGCUGGGGAGCAACUAAACUCCAUAUCCAGCACAGGUAACAGAUGGACCAAUUCACAAACAUUGUUACUACACAUACCGGGCAUCAACUACUUGGGAUUGGUGAGCGCCUAUUGGGCUAAAAAACAUAUGCAUUUCAAAUGCAGCACGUACAUAUGUGGUUACGGAUUGAUAAUACUAUGGUGGUGGCUUAUAUCAACCAUAUGGGGAGCAUAA